AUGGUCGGAAAACCAAACCCAGCCUGGGAAUCCCGCAUGUCCAACCUCCUCAACAACACCUUACUCUCAAUCUCCCAAACCGAACUCGACCUCGCCAACACAACCUCCAUACCCUUGAAAUCAUCGACCCGGCAGUACGCCGGCGGUUUAGGCGUAGCACACAACAUCCACUGCGUCAAAAAACUCAAACAAUUUUUGUAUUUCCAUCAUUUCUACCCAGAAGUCGAAAUCGGGAGUUCACAUUAUGAGUAUCUGCAAUAUCACGCGGAUCAUUGUUUGAAUUUCUUGUUGCAGAGCAUGAUGUGUCAUAUGGAUACGAGUUUGUAUACGCUUGUUUGGGUGCCUGGGGAGGAUGGGGAGACAAUGGUUGUGAAGCAUCGAGAACCGGGUGUGCAGAAAUGUGUGAAUUGGGACAAGGUGCAAGGGUGGAUGCGGGAGAGGGCGGUGAGUAGCGAGAUGAUGGUUGGACCGGGUGGGUAA